GCAAACGCACACUCUCUCUUACUUCACUCUCUCAGCUUCCCUUGAAAAGCAAGAAAACAGAAGACACCAAGGAGAGAGGGGAAGAGAGAGAAGGAGAGGAGAAGAUAGGAAGGCCAAGGAAGGAGCACGUUAGAUAAAAUAUGACGUCCAGGGCUAACGUGAACGGAGAACACAACCUACGCCCUCCCCCAAACCACCACCACCACCCUCACAGUCACCACCAAAGCCACUACCAAUCGCCGUCCUAUUCGCCCUCCUCGGCAUCCUUCAAAGGCUGUUGCUGUUGCCUCUUCCUCCUCUUCUCCUUCCUCGCUCUCCUCGUCCUGGCCGUCGUCCUCAUCAUCGUCCUCGCUGUUAAGCCCAAGAAGCCCCAAUUUGAUCUCCAGCAGGUGGGCGUGCAGUACAUGGGCAUCACCGCCAACCCCUCCUCCACCGUCGCCGGUAGCCCCCCCACCCCCACUUCCGCCUCCCUCUCCCUCAACAUCAAGAUGCUCUUCACUGCCGUCAAUCCCAACAAGGUGGGAAUUAAGUACGGCGAGUCCAGGUUUACGGUGAUGUAUCGAGGGAUCCCACUCGGAAAAGGGGUGGUCCCGGGGUUCUACCAGCCGGCGCACAGCGUCCGUCAGGUGGAGACCACCGUGGCCGUCGACCGCGCCAACCUCCUCCAGGCCGACGCCGCAGACCUCAUCAAAGACGCCUCCCUCAACGACCGCGUCGAGCUCAGGAUUCUGGGCGAGGUCGGUGCCAAGAUCCGAGUCUUAGACUUCACUUCUCCCGGUGUCCAGGUGUCUGUAGACUGUGCAAUAGUGAUAAGUCCAAGGAAGCAGUCUCUAACAUACAAGCAGUGCGGAUUUGAUGGACUGAGCGUUUGAGCACAGCAUGAAGCUGAAGUUUCUGCCUUCCAAUCAUUUUUCUCUCUAUCCAAACAGACAGAUGAGAGAAGAAAAAAUGGGCAAAGAGGAUCUGAUGUGAGCUACCAUAUUAAGGAAAGGAAAGGAAAGGAAAGGAAAGGAUAGGAAAAAGCCGGUAGGUGGGGGAAAAAGCCCUCUUGAGUAGCAUUUGUGAAAAGUAAAAGAGAAAAUUGGAAAGGGGAGAAAUGGGGGUCUAUAUAUAGGAAUUUGACUUUCCACGAUUUUGGAAAUUUUCUAUUGGUUGUAAGUUCUAACCAGCUGUAAAGUGUGAGAGCCAUGUAUGUUAUUAUUAUCAUAAGCCCCAUUAACUAAUCUCUUUGGGAAGAUAAAAAGAUUAGGAUGUGGUGUACAUGUUCGUCUCACCAUUAUUUCUUCUUCCUUAAUGUCAUGCUCAUGCUUCAAACAAUACAUUGUGCCAUCUUUAGAAUCAAUGAUCUUCCUGGCAUUUUUUUUAA